AUGUCUCUACGCGAUACCAGAAUUCUUGUCGCCAUAGACUUUGGAACCACUUUCUCAGGCUUCGCCUAUGUACAUAAAGGAGACUCAAAAAAAAACCCAGAUAUUGUAACUAAUGAUAUUUGGCCAGAUAGCGUAGGUGAUUAUAAAACUCCUACAGCACUUCUGUAUAAUAAAACUUAUACACAAGUUAAAAGUUGGGGUACUUUGGCCCUGGAGGACGAAUCCGAUUACGAUUAUGAAUCAGAUGAAUUGCGCCCUCGUCCGGUCGAACUCUUUAAAUUAUAUAUUUCCGAUUUGGAAGAUUAUCAAAAACCUUGGUUGCCUUCGGAAUUAAAAUAUACGAAAGCGAUCGAAGAUUACUUAACUCAAAUGCAACGAUGCAUUAAAGAUACAAUAACGAGAAGAUGGCCGGACAUUGAAUUCCCGUCACAAGUUGGAUUGAUGCUAACCAUUCCUGCUGAAUGGCCACAUCAUACUACAGCGAUUAUGCGUAAUUGCGCAUACAAAGCUGGACUAAUUAAAACAAAAGACUCAACUAACCUUGAAUUUACUACAGAACCGGAAGCAGCAGCUUUAUAUUGUCUGGGUGUUGUUGGGGAACACGGUCUUCGUCCUGGAGAUACUUUCUUAGUUGCAGAUUGUGGCGGUGGUACAGUCGACAUAACAACACAACUUCUUCAGGAUAACAAACUAAGUGAAAUUACUGAACGUGUCGGCGAUUUAUGUGGUAGCACAUUCAUAGAUAAGGAGUUUUUACGUUGGCUUGGACGUAAAGUUGGAUUUCAAGCAUUAGAAAAAUUAAAAACAUAUAGUUAUGGACAAAUACAACAUUUGGUUCAAAAUUUUUUUUGUCCUUUAAUUAAAUUUAAAUUUAACGGUAAAGUGGAAGAUUUUAGACAAGCAAGACUUAAUUUAUAUAAAUAUUGUGACAAUUUACCACAAUAUAUUACAGGAGAACAUAGACAAAAAAUGGAAAUGGAUAACUGGACGUUAAAACUUGAUUUUAUAUCGGUGAAAGAAAUGUUUGACCCUGUCGUAAAUAGAAUAUUAGAAUUAAUUGAGAGUCAAUUAAUUGAGGCUAAUGAAAGAUGUUCUGCAUUGUUCUUGGUGGGCGGAUUUGGCGAAUCUCCUUACCUUCUGCGCAGAGUGAGAGAAACCUUUGGAAGCAGGGUUCCAAGUAUUUCUGUGCCAAUUAAUUCAAAAGCCGCGGUCGUUAGGGGUGCUAUAGUAUAUGGCUUAAAUAUUGACGUUGUGAAGAAACGCGUUCUUAAAUGGACUUAUGGUAUCCAGGUCUGUCGAGAUUGGGUUGCAGGCGAUGACGAAGAUAGGAGAACACCUGAUGGAAAAAUAUUUCAAUUUCGUAGAAUUGUUCAACGUCGUACUCAAGUAGAAGUCAACAAACCAUUUCCAGAAACGUGUUACCCGGUUAAACCAAACCAAACCAGUGCAUUAUUUAAAAUUUAUUAUACUACAAAGGAUAAUGCUAUAUAUUGUAAUGAUCCUGGUGUAAAAUUAUUAGGAACUUUACGAAUUAUAAUGCCAGAUACCAAAGAUGGUCUUAAUCGUCCAAUAGAGUUUUUUUUGACGUUUGCUAGAUUAGAAAUUAAAGCAACCGCAAUAAACAAACGGAAUGGGAAGGUUUAUAAUGAAACACGUUUUGAAUUGGAUAUUUGA